AUGGCUUCUUCUAUCACGGCUGCAGUAUUCAAGGACGCGUUGUCGCGAUAUGGCACGGUUUUGAAGGGAAUGGUCAAGACUCCAGCAAAGGAAGGUCAGACAAGUCUAGAGGAACUCGAUAAGUUCAGGUAUCAAUAUGCGCCAAUGAACUUUAGCAUGAAUGCUGGGAAAACCUUGGACUCGGAAGCUCUACAAAAGCUUGCUGAAUGGAAAGUGCGCCAUGGCAAAUUUCGCCCUGCAUUGCAAAAGCAUAUUGCAUCCAACAAUGACGAGGGCAUCGCUUCCGCUACCACCGAGGCUUUCGAGCAUUACGCUUCCAACAAGGAUAACAUUGCUGGCACGAUUGAAAAGCUCACAGUCCUUAAAGGUGUCGGACCUGCUACUGCCACUCUCAUCCUCUCUGUCCACGAUCCUCAAAACGUCAUAUUCUUUAGUGAUGAGCUCUACAGAUGGCUGGUCAAGGAUGGUGAGGAUGUCAGCCUCAAGUAUACCACUAAGGAAUUUGAAGAAGUAUUCUCGAAGGCCAAAGCAUUCAUGUCACGCAUCAAGUGUACACCAACCGAAUUGGAGAAGGCAGCCUUCACACUGAUUCAAGAAAAUGAACCAGAGCCAAAGCCGAAGAAGGAGCCAAGCGGUCGAGGAAGAGGACGUCCUCCUUUGGCAGACAGCGAAAAGAAGCCAAAGAAGGUCACCGUUCCUGGUCGUGGCAGAGGCCGCCCAGCAGGCACAACAAAAGCCAAAACCGAAGAUGGUGUUGCACCAAAGGCCAAGAAAGAGAAGAAGGUAGCUGCAGUCCCUGCUGCAAAUGGCGAAACAAAGAAUCGUGGCAGACCGGCCAAGAAAGUAGAAUCAAAACCAGAAUCGGAAUCUGGAGCCGAGGAAGGCGAGGAAGAAGAGGCAAAGACUCCGGCAUCGAAGAAGAGGAAGAGCACAGCUACGCCUGCCAGUGAUCGUAAGACUAAGAAGACCAAGGCUUAG